UGUCUGCAGGCUCUGGAUUUCCUGCACUCCAACCAGGUGAUCCACAGAGACAUCAAGAGUGACAACAUCCUGCUGGGCAUGGACGGCUCGGUCAAGCUCAGUAAGUCACCUCACCAGUAGGGGACAGGCAGGGACCAGGGUGGAAUGAUGCAGUCAAUGGUAUGUUGGUGGAGAGAGUAAUGUGGAAAGGGAUGGGGUUGGGGGAGAGAGCCAUGUGGAAAUGGGUGGAGUUGAACCAAUGUCUGACGUUUCUCUCUCCCUGCAGCCGACUUUGGGUUCUGUGCCCAGAUCACCCCAGAGCAGAACAAGCGAAGCACCAUGGUGGGCACGCCCUACUGGAUGGCACCCGAGGUGGUGACCCGUAAGGCCUACGGGCCCAAGGUGGACAUCUGGUCCCUGGGUAUCAUGGCUAUAGAGAUGGUGGAGGGAGAACCUCCCUACCUUAAUGAGAACCCUCUCAGGGUAAAACCGAAACACACCAUCUACAGUACACACACAUCCAGGGAUAUAUUAGAGAUAUUUGAUCAAUAACUGCCAGUAACUGAUUGUCCCUCUCCACCCCUCUCUCCCCUCCUCCUCAGGCCCUGUACCUAAUCGCCACCAACGGGACUCCAGAGCUGCAGAACCCUGAGCGUUUGACCUCCGUGUUCAGAGACUUCCUCAACCGCUGCCUGGAGAUGGACGUGGACCGCAGAGGCUCAGCCAAGGAGCUCCUCCAGGUACACAACAACCCCACCCUGACCACCAAAACAUAACCUAAACUUGACCACUCUAACAUAACCCAACCCUGACCACUCUACCAUAACCCAACCCUGACCACUCUAACAUAACCCAACCCUGACCACUCUAACAUAACCCAACCCUGACCACUCUAACAUAACCCAACCCUGACCACCAAAACAUAACCCAAGCCUGACCACUCUAACAUAACCCUAACUUAAUGUAGCAGGUGUAAAAGAAACGCCUGAAACUAGAUUCCCUACAUACUGGUCUUGAUGAGAAGAAAAAAAACUUUUGGGGAGGUGCUUUUCUGCACUGUUCAACCAAUCUAGUAAAUGUGGAGGAGGAGUUAAGAUGGAGUGUCGCCUUGUUAACGUCCAAAAGCGUAAGUCGCAUCACAGGCUCUCUUUUCAUUUCCCCUGAAAACCGGAACAUCCAGUUGUUGGGGACUCGGCAGAGGCUAACAUAACCAAAUCUGACCACACCAACUAGUUUACUCCUACAUUACUAUAGCAACGCACAUGCCACGCCCACCUGAGGAUCUGUCAUUUUCAGCCAUCUAUUUCCUGUGUUUGAGGUGUGCAAAAUCCACUUGUUACUUUAAUCUCGCUGGAUUGAUUGCUUUCAUUUUACUCCUGCGACUCUUUCAUAAUCUUGCUUGUGGCUGUCUUUUUUCCCCGUUAACAUUACCACGUUAUGUUUGUAAUGACCUUUCAAACACACCCCGGUAAUGGCUGAAAUGGGCUCAAUGGAAUAUAUUGUCUCUCUGUUGCAUCCAUAAGAACGCUAAAGCUUCAUCGGGGAUUUAACACAUCAUAUAGACACUUACAUCACAAGAAAGAUAACUUUAUUUUGAGGGUGUACAUUUUUUGUGGAAUUGAAAGAAGUAAUCAUUUUAUACAAUGAUAAUGUAUUCAUAUACGCAAAUAUACCCAGUGUAUUUAUGCAAAUGAGGCACAUAUAAUUUUCUUUAUUUUAACACAAAAUAUGAAAGAAAUACCUGAUACCAUUAGAAAAUGUAUAUAUGAGUGCAUUCUAAGAAAAAAACUGGGACAUUUUACAAUAAAUUGAAUACCUGAAUUCUGUUGCUACAUUACUAACCUACAGGUAACUGACAAAAUAAAGGAAACACCAACUUAAAGUGUCUUAAUAGGGCAUUGUACCACCACGAGCCACCAGAACAGCUUCAAUGCACCUUGGCAUAGAUUCUACAACUGUCUGGAACUCUAUUGGAGGGAUGUGACACCAUUCUUCCACAAGAAAUUACAUAAUUUGGUGUUUUGUCGAUGGUGGUGGAAAACGCUGUCUCAGGCGCUGCUCCAGAAUCUCCCAUAAGUGUUCAAUUGGGUUGAGAUCUGGUGACAGAGACACACCCACACAGCCUUAAACCCCCUAUGCUCCCUUGAGACCCCUCUUUCAAAGUCACUGACAUAUUUUCUUCUAGCCAUGGUAGCCAAAAUAAUGGGCAACUGGGCAUUUUUAUACAUGACCCUAACCAUGAUGGGAUGUUUUAAUUGCUUAAUUAACUCAGGAACCACAUCUGUGUUGAAGCACCUGCUUUCAAUACACUUAGUAUCCCUCAUUUACUCACGUGUUUCCUUUAUUUUGGCAGUUACGUGUACAGUUCUAAUCUGAAAUCACAGUCUGUACACGCAGGGCUGCAGAGCAUUCCCCCAUCACUAUUCUUCUCUUGUGUUCCCUUGCAGCAUUCCUUCCUGAAGUUAGCCAAGCCCCUGUCCAGCCUGAGCCCCCUGAUUGUAGCAGCUAAGGAGGCCAUAAAAAACAGCAGCCGCUAG